UGCUGGGCUGGGGCGCUCAGCGAUUUGUCUGUACACUUGUCCCCACCUACCCAGCCAAUCUGACAAUUCUGUUUGGGACAGCGACUUAGAUGCGCUGGUAAGGAACAGGUUUAGUAUCUAGGGGCUUGGUUGCUGAGAACCACUCACUUAGAGAGCAUCAGGGGGGCCUGGGCGUUACCACAUUCCCACUCAGCGUCUGGAGACCACCUACCCAGGCUGGGACUUCUGGAGCAGGCGAGGACCCAAGGCCCCUGGAAGAGCUGGUCCAGGGGACUGAAUUCCCUGGGGCUGCCCAGAGCGGAGAAUGACAUCCCUCUUGCCGCUGCUGCUGGGCCUCAGCCUGGGCUGCACCGGAGCAGGUGGCUUUGUGGCUCAUGUGGAAAGCAGCUGUCUGUUGGAUGAUGACGGGACACCAAAGGAGUUCAAGUAUUGUAUUUCCUUCAACAAGGAUUUGCUGACCUGCUGGGAUCCCCUGCAGGCCAAUAUGGUCCCUUGUGAAUUUGGGGUGCUGUAUGGCUUGGCUAAAUACCUCUCAGAUUUCCUCAACCGAAAUGAAAACCUGAUCCAGCGCUUGUCCAAUGGGCUCCAGGACUGUGCCACACACACCCAGCCCUUCUGGAAAUCACUGACCCACAGGACACGGCCACCAUCUGUGCAAGUAGCCAAAACCACUCCUUUUAACACGAGGGAGUCCGUGAUGCUGGCCUGCUAUGUGUGGGACUUCUAUCCAGCUGAUGUGAUCAUCACGUGGAGGAAGAACGGGCAGCCAAUCCUCCCUCACAGCAGUGCCCAAAAUAUUGCACAGCCCAAUGGAGACUGGACAUACCAAACGGUCUCGCAUUUGGCUACAACUCCCUCUUUUGGGGACACCUACACCUGUGUGGUGGAGCACAUUGGUUCUCCUGAGCCCAUCCUUCAGGACUGGACUCCUGGGCUGUCCCCAAUCCAGACAGUGAAGGUUUCUGUGUCAGCAAUGACUCUGGGCCUGGGGCUCAUCAUCUUCUCUCUCGGUUUGCUCAGCUGGCGGAGAGCUGCCUCCUCUGGCUACAUUGUCCUCCCAGGGUCCGUUUAUCCAGAAGGUCAGCACAUUUCCUAGAGGUGGAAUUCUACAGCUUCCACUCCAUGUGAGAAGGAGAUUCAAACUCUUAGGGCUGCUGCUGGGCCCUUCCAACAUCCUCAAACCCUCCACAUAUUCUUGGAUCUUAGAGUUUCUCUAUUCGAUUCUUUGAAUUUCCCAGUCCCCGCUUAGCAACUUGGGGGAACUCAUUCCUGGGAAUAUUCUGAAACCAAGGCUAUGUCUCUGGGGUGAAUAUAAUCUGGGGAGGAAGGUCAAAGACCCUCUUUGGGGUCCCCCUGUGCUACAGAGGGCAGUGAGUCGCUGGUGGUCAUCUCUGAGGAAUAAACUCUGGUGGAAAUAC